CGGGAGGAUCCGUAAUGACUCACUGAACACUAAAUGCACCGUAAAGACCUUAAAAGAAAAACGUAAAAUCAUGUGACAGGAAAAUGGAUCCGUUCAUCAUUGAUGGUGAACACGUGAAGAUAGAGAGGCAGCCCCAUGCAGCGUUUAUGGGGACCAGUUGCCUUCUAGACGGUGAAGUCAGUAAUUGGAGGUGCGGUGCUUCGAUAAUCACUCAAAACAUAGUCAUGACAGCGGCACAUUGCUUGAAGUGUUGCGGAAAUGGUAUUAUUAAAGGAAUCUUAAUUCACACCGGCCACGAGAACAAGGAUCUAGGUAUAACGUCAUCGGGUCAUAAAUACGCAAUACAUUCUGGCCAUGACAGCGAAUCAGCGGUGUAUGAUAUAGCGCUGGUGCUGCUAAAAACACAAUUAAAGCUAAGCGCGAACUGCAGCAGAGUUGCGCUCAUGAAAUACCCACCGUAUGACGAAGAAGCUUACGUUUCCGGCUGGGGAUUUGUUAAUGAAGAGAAACAGAUCGCGACGAAUUACCUUCAAGAAGCUAGAGAGAAGAUUAUGACCAGAAAAUCAUGUUCUCAAAUUCUCAGACAUACCGCACUUAAUGGCNCAUUGGCGAUGGCACCAAGAGCCAAGGCCCAAACCCGGCCAUGGACGCCGUCCGGGCCAGAUGCAGUGUCCUUUGCGCACAUUUUGCGUACUGCCACACGGAGCUCCGCCCCUGUUAUAUGGGGCACCUCAGCAGGGGCAUCGCCGUCGUAUUCCAGCAGCGCGCCCAUAGCGGGAGCGACAAAUCCCCCCUGCUCCUGCGGGAACAGCGCCGAGACGUGA